AUGCUCACCCACUACACCGGGAUGAACCCCGGCGACAACCCCGGCAACCUGCCCGACCCGUACUACUGGUGGGAAGCCGGCGCCAUGUUCGGCGCCCUCAUCGACUACUGGUUCUACACGGGCGACGACACCUGGAACAACAUCACCAUGCAGGGUCUCACCUGGCAAGCCGGCGGCACCGGCACUUUCAUGCCCUCGAAUCAGUCCCGCACAGAGGGUAACGACGACCAGGCCUUCUGGGCGUUUGCAGUCAUGUCCGCGGCGGAGCGCAAUUUCCCCAACCCCCCCGACGACCAGAUGGGGUGGUUGGCGAUGGCGCAGGCGGUGUUCAACACGCAGGCAAGUCGAUGGGAUACGGAGACGUGUGCGGGUGGGCUGCGGUGGCAGAUUUUCUCAUUUAUGAAUGGAUAUGACUAUAAGAAUACGAUCUCGAAUGGGGGGUUCUUUAAUCUGGCUGCGCGGCUGGCCAAGUAUACCGGGAAUCAGACAUACGCAGACUGGGCCGAGCGUGUAUGGGACUGGACGACGGAAACUGGCUUCAUGUCGGAUCAGUAUGAGUUCUGGGAUGGCGCGAAUGACCGGCUGAACUGCACCGAGUUCAAUCGGAUCCAGUGGACGUAUAACCCGGGUGUAUACCUGCUUGGUGCUGCCACCAUGUACAAUCUGACAAACGGCGAUCCCGCGUGGAAAGAACGCACAGCACGUAUCAUCGAAGCCACCGGCAUCUUCUUCCACGGCGAAGGCAAAGACAUCAUGUACGAACGCGCCUGCGAACCCGUCGACACCUGCCAGAUCGACCAGCGCGGCUUCAAAGGCUUCCUCGCACGCUGGAUGUCCGCAUCCACGCAGCUGGCCCCCUUCACCUACGACAUGGUGAUGCCGAAACUGCGCGCGUCCGCCGUCGCAGCAGCAAAGACGUGCGUGGGCGGCUCGAAAAAGACAACGUGUAGUUUGAAAUGGGCAGAGCCGAAAUGGGACGGGCGGGAUGAUGUCGGGCAGCAGAUGAGUGUGUUGGAGGUGGUGCAGGCGAAUCUCAUCAGUCGCGUUGAGCCUCCUGUGACCGAUGAGAAUGGAGGCACGAGUAAAGGCGAUCCCGGGGCUGGGUCACGGCCUCCAGAUCCACGACCACCGGCUAUCACGAUGGACAUCACGACGGGGGAUCGAGCGGGAGCAGGCAUUCUGACGGGCUUCUGCAAAGCUGGCGUGGUCGUCAAUGAAGGUCCAGACUAUGAAGUCAAAGUAGAGAUGGUCCCUGUCCCUCAGCCAGGCCCCGAUGACAUCCUCAUCCGACUCAACGUCACCGGUCUCUGUUCCUCCGACAUCCAUCUCAUGAAAGGCGAUCUAGGCGUCCCGCCCAUGUCCUCCUUUGGCGUCCGCUCACCCGGCCACGAAGGCGCUGGCGUAGUCGUCAAGAUCGGCGACAACGUAAAAAACUUCAAAGUAGGCGAUCGCGCAGGCAUCAAGCCGAUGAUGGAUACAUGUGGUGCUUGUGAUUUAUGCUGGGGCGAUAAAGAGACAUACUGCAGUGGAGCUGUCCUGACUGGAUUAGCAGUGGCAGGCACGUACCAGCAGUACAUUGUGUCCCCUGCGCGGUAUGCAUCGCCCAUCCCCGACGGUGUGCCGGAUGAGAUCGCAGGCCCGAUCAUGUGCAGUGCCAGCACGAUGUACCGGUCGCUGGUGGAGUCUGGGCUGAAGCCUGGGAAUUGGGCUGUGUUUCCGGGUGGAGGGGGAGGCGUUGGGAUUCAAGGCGUGCAGCUGGCGAAGGGGAUGGGGAUGCGGCCGAUUGUGGUGGACAGUGGAGCGAUGAAGAGGGAAUUGGCAUUGAAGAUGGGCGCAGAGGCAUUCGUGGACUUUGCAGAGGAGGAAGAUGUUGCUGGUGCAGUUAUCCAAAUUGCAGAUGGAGUUGGGGCUCAUGGAGUAUUUGUCACUGCGCCAGCGGCAUACAAGACAGCCCUUUCGUAUGUUGGCAAUCGCAUUGGAGCUGUCUUGAUGUGUAUCGGUUUGGCACAGGCUGGGGUAUUGACAAUUGGAGCAGAUCCUAAUGUCUUUGUGUUUAGGAAUCUGAGUGUCAAAGGCACACUGGUGGGCAGUCGGAAGGAUACAGCUGCUGCGCUGGAUUUUGCACGCAGAGGAAUACUGCAGUCGAUCAGUGAAGUGUAUCCGAUUGAUAAAUUACCCGAAGCAGUGAAGAAGCUGGAGAGAGGAGAAGUGGCAGGAAGAAUGGUGGUGGAUUUCAAUAUGUGA